AGAAAAGUGUAGAGAGCAAGGGCUGUGUGUGGACCAGUAAGGACAAAGAAACUCAGGGAGAUCCAACUGUCCAUCCCACGGUCUCCUCCUUUCUAUGUGCAGUUCUUCCUGGGACACCAGAACUCCACACCUCAUGUCCUCUCUUCAUAAACAUCCUGAAUCUGAAUUCAGUUUUAGAUAAAGACGUUCCCUAAGAGGAAAGCCAUCACAGAAGUGUUAUUGCCACCAGAUCAAGGUCACCACUGCUGAGCUUCUACCAUACAGAGCCAUGGCUUGGGCCUCCAGCUUUGAUGCAUUCUUUAAGAAUUUUAAAAGGGAAAGCAAAAUCAUCUCUGAAUAUGACAUCACCUUGAUUAUGACUUACAUAGAGGAAAAUAAGCUACAGAAAGCUGUUUCUGUAAUUGAAAAGGUACUGAGAGACAUCGAGAGUGCUCCUCUGCACAUAGCUGUGACAGGGGAAACAGGCGCAGGGAAGUCCACUUUCAUCAAUACCCUGAGGGGGGUGGGGCAUGAAGAAAAAGGUGCAGCCCCCACUGGCGCAAUAGAGACAACCAUGAAGAGAACUCCAUACCCACACCCAAAGCUUCCCAACGUGACAAUAUGGGACCUGCCUGGCAUUGGGACCACUAACUUCACACCACAAAACUAUCUGACAGAAAUGAAGUUUGGUGAGUAUGACUUCUUCAUUAUCAUCUCAGCUACACGUUUCAAAGAAAAUGAUGCACAACUGGCCAAAGCCAUUGCACAGAUGGGGAUGAAUUUCUACUUUGUCAGAACCAAGAUAGACAGCGACUUAGAUAAUGAACAGAAGUUUAAGCCUAAGAGUUUCAAUAAGGAGGAAGUCCUCAAGAAUAUUAAGGAUUACUGCUCUAAUCAUCUUCAGGAGUCUCUCGACAGUGAGCCUCCAGUCUUCCUAGUCUCUAACGUUGAUAUAUCGAAGUAUGACUUCCCAAAGCUGGAAACUAAACUCCUACAGGAUCUCCCAGCCCACAAGCGUCACGUAUUCUCACUGUCUUUGCAAAGUCUUACUGAGGCCACCAUUAACUACAAGAGAGAUUCCCUGAAGCAAAAAGUCUUCCUAGAAGCCAUGAAGGCUGGAGCAUUAGCCACCAUUCCACUUGGUGGCAUGAUCAGUGAUAUCUUAGAGAAUCUGGAUGAAACAUUCAAUCUCUACAGGUCUUACUUUGGGCUGGAUGAUGCUUCACUGGAAAACAUUGCCCAGGAUUUGAACAUGUCUGUGGAUGACUUCAAGGUACACCUUCGAUUUCCCCAUUUGUUUGCAGAACACAAUGAUGAGUCCUUAGAAGACAAGCUAUUUAAAUAUAUCAAACACAUUUCUUCAGUUACUGGUGGGCCAGUCGCUGCAGUCACUUACUAUCGCAUGGCUUAUUAUUUGCAGAAUCUCUUUCUUGAUACUGCAGCCAAUGAUGCCAUAGCUCUUCUGAAUAGUAAAGCACUUUUUGAGAAGAAGGUGGGACCAUAUAUAUCUGAGCCCCCCGAGUACUGGGAAGCUUGAAAAAAUAAGGCAUGAGUUCCAAUCAGUGUUCACUCUUAGCUUCACCUUGGGCACGAUUUUUAGCCUAGUCCCGAUGGGGGAAAAAGUCUCAGUGGCAGGCCAGAGGAUUCAUGCUUUCCCUUCUCCUGAUCCAGAAGAUCACCAUGGCAAAGGCUUAUAGUGCUUAGAGUAGAAAAGAAGUGUCUUCAACAUCGUGCAAAUAUGACAGCAAAGUAUAUUUGCAUUAAAAUCAUUUCUUAAAAAUAAAACAAACACAUGAUGCGGAUUUGGUUUGCAUUUUUCUCCUCAAAUGAAUCCUGAAUCUUUUACUCCUAUGAAAGUUUUCAUGUGCUUUUACAUUCUCACUGGCAGCCCUGAUUGUCACAUUGCCAAGUGGUAUUUUGGAAACAGGGACAUCGGGUACCCUACAGAGUGUAGACAAACACGUUUUGACCCAGAACUGGGUGUUCCAGGAGAUUCUACAUGUUGUCAAGUGAACAACUAACAUUAAUAACCCCAUGUGCUAACCAAACCCAGGCUCUUUGCUGACCAUGGUAGUAUUGGUGCUUUGUCACUAAGGCAUGUAAGCACCUCCACAUUGCUUCUUCAUAGGUGUAUAGAUGUAUGGAAGAUUGUUUUAAGCUAGUCACUCCGAUGUGCCCUGCCACACUAGACUUCAUUUAUUCUUUGCAUCUAUUGAUUCCCUGAACUCUGUGGUCCUCCCUCUCUCCAGCCUCCACUGACACCUUUCUCCAGUCAGUUCAACCAUCAACUCACGUGAGAGAACAGAGUGAACCUGCCUCUCUGUCCUGUGGCAGAGCUUGUAACACCUACAUUGUGGCCUGAAGAUGAAUGUGAGCCUGUGGAGAGAUGUGCCCACCCACACUCCUAAAAUAUAAACCCCUGACUCAGUAUAGAAAACACUCACUGCCCAAAGUUCGGUCAGACUCUAAUCUACUUCUGUGUGUUUCAAUACUUCACAGAGGAAAGCUAUUGCUGACAUCUUGCAGAAAGAAGUUGUCAGCAGCUGGCAUGGACUCUGAAGGGAAGCUAGACAGCCCAUGAUGGCAAACAUGGCUCUGCCAGGCCUUGCCCUUCUCUUCCAUUCCCUCUGCCUUGCUAAAAAACUAACAAACAAACAAAACCCAUUACAUUCUAUUCCUAAAGCUAGCCUCCAAGGCCUAUCUUGUUUAUUUGAUCACUUCCUCUUCCUGAGGUCAACUACCAAUGUGUAGUUAUCAAAGAAUUGAUGUCCAGCAAUCAAAAGCCCCUUUUGGCUCCCCUAAUUAAUAUGCACAAUUAAAAUUAAACACUUCAUCCU